AGGAUGAUUUCGAGGAACUGGUGAAGCAAGUGUGGCUCAAGCCUGUGCUCCAGGAGAUUUUAGAAACUUCUGAAAUUGUCAGUUGCGAUUGCAAUAGUGAGCGAUUCGCUCUGUUUGUCAGAUAAUCAGCGCAGAACUUCAGAUUUCGUGAAGGAUAUGAUGCCUUCAAAUUGUGGAUCAUUAGACUCUGUGUAGGUGGAUGGCGUAUCUGUAGGUGUGGAAUGCUGGAGCAGUCUGAUUUCGAACGCUCGGGUGGCAUCAAUUCUGUGUUCUGUUGCAGUUGAUGCUGUGCUUGACGAAGUCAGAUGAGUGCGCUCCGGUUUUGGAUAUAGUUUAGCGAUAGGAUUCCGUGUAGUGUAGUUGAGAGGAGGAUGAUGUCGAUGAUCGGAGAUAUGACGCUUAGAUUGGGAGGCAUGGCGCCUCUCAUAAUCUUUGCCUUGCUCUUUAUCCUGCAGAUUUUUCUGCGAUUUUUGCCUUCUUCAGGUAAUAAGAAGCGCAUGCCGCCCCAGGAGGCUGAACUGGUUCGCCAGAUCAAGCAGUUGAAUCGAGAGGCAGAUGCGCUGAACACGCCGGCAACUUUUGCCAAGUCUUCGAAGUUGCGACGUGCUGCCGUAGCGAAAGAUAAAGAACUCGCGCUGUUGAGGCAGUCGACUGGUGGUACGGGAUAUGGUUGGCUUGUUAAGAAGCUUUCUGCGUCUUUGUUGAUAAAGGUGAUUUUGAUCCUCGGAAUAGGAGGGUGGUUCAGGCAGAUACACGUGGCUUCUGUCCCAGCCUCUCUACUGCAGCCUUUCGGUGGAAUGCUGGCUGCAAAGAGUGAUAAUUCAGAAAUGAUCAAUGUGAGCAUCAUGCCAUGGAUGAUUCUGAGCACAACCGUUGCCAGUUACUUGGUAAACAUGGUAUGGCAUCAGCGACAAGGCCCACUUGAGAAGCUAAAAGCCAACUAACUGCGUGUCUGCAAGAACUUCCAGCGUGAUCCAGCCUGCAUUUGCUGCCUUAAGCAUGAUAUGCUCAGCAAUACAAGGCUUUUCUUGCCAGAUGCUACUUAUGGUGCUUGGAAUUCAUGCUCCUAGUUUCCCAUUGGACAUAAACACUUAUAGAAAAAAAUUUACAGGGAAAUAGUAGGAAGGGAGGUUAGACAAUAAAUAGCUUGAUCUGUUUUUUAUUAGCAUUUAUUGUCCUGCCUUGGAAACCAUUGCAGUAUACAUCCUCAGGAGUAGUGUGGUUAAUAGGAGUUUUUCUCGUGUAGUUCAGCUGAAGGUGGGUAUUGAGGACAAUUUUGUGCAGCAUGCAAAUGAACUUCCUUGGAGACAUAGGUCCGAUCCUCGAAAGUCCAUUUCCUUGGGAUGUUUGUGAAACAGGUAAUUUGGACGUCAUGUAUUUGCAAGUAAAUGCGAAUAUGAUAUGACUUUUGUUUUUUGAAAGUAGUGUCAAUCUUUAGCAAUCUGUGGCAUUCCAACUACACAUUAAUGAAACUCUGUAAUUUUGUAA